AUGGAUCACACUGGCCCCACGCUUGCUCAUUCUACUGCUGGAGACCUGAAGGUCCCUUCGCAUCCAUGUUGUCAACCUGGAGCCAAGGGUUCUCUCUCUAGUCUUCCAGCUGGAUUUCCGCCCGUCUUGAACCAUGCACUUGCCUGGACGGGUGGAGAUCUCAAGCACCAACAGGACUUUGUCACCCAGCUGAGCGAGGAUGAUCUUCUCGAGCUUCGGUCUGCUCUCGUAGCAUUCAAGGCUCUCGAGCUUGAUGGUGAUUCCAUCAACAGCGAAAACUUCCCGCUGCCCACUCUUGGAGCUAAGCUCGUGGACGUCAGACAAGCAAUUUACGAUGGCCGAGGAUUCAGCGUCAUCCGCGGCAUCAAUCCCAGUGAUUUCACCGUCGAGGACCUCACAAUGAUCUGGCUCGGAGUCCAGGCACAUGUUGCUGAUCAACGCGGAUGCCAAGACCACAGGGGCAACAUGCUUGUGCACAUCGUUGCAGACAACAGCUCCAAGGACAAGAUUGGCCACCACCGCCAUUCAACCUCGUCAAUUACGUUCCACACCGAGGAAGCAGGUGACAUUGCUUCAUGGUUGACAAGAAGCACUGCAGCAAGUGGAGGUCGCUGCGUCAUUGCUUCGGCCUAUCACAUCUACAACGUUCUCGCGGCCCAUCGCCCCGAUGUCAUCCGUACUUUGGCCAAGUCGGAUUGGCCCUUUGCAUUCCCGCAUUUCCAGUGUCGCCCUGUCAUCUUCCAGCAGGACUCUCGCCUCAUCAUGAACUUUGGUCGAACACCUCUUCUGGGCAAUGCUACGCAUCCGCGACCCGAGCAUCUGCCUCAGACCAAUGAUCGCCAGAAGGAAGCACUGGAUCUCAUUGAGGCCAUUGCAAAGGCUACUCAGCUUGAGAUCAAGACACAGCCUGGUGAUAUGCACUUCAUCAACAACCUGGCUGUUCUUCACCGCCGUGAGGGAUUCACCAAUGGUCAGGUCAAGCAGGAGAAGCGCCAUCUCGUUCGCAUGCGCCUUCGAAGCUCUGAGCUGGGAUGGACCAUUCCCCCUGAGCUCGAAAGAGACUGGCACGAUGCCUUCGAGAAGGACCUGGCCAAGACCUGGCACCUCGAGCCCAUGCCUGGCGAUGCAUUCCCGCUGCGAAAGUACACAAACUAG